AUGAUCGGAGCAGCAGAGCAACACAUUCCUUAUAAAAAACCAACAAAAACAAGCAAAUGGUUGCCAGAAGAAACAAUUAACAUUACGGAAAAGAAACGAAAAGCUAAAGCUGCUGGAGACAGAGACGAAGCAAGAAGAUUAAAUGCAGAAUUUCAACGUGAAGCUAGAAAAGACAAAGAGAAAUAUUGGAAUGAACGUUGCGACGAAAUGGACGAAAACAACAAAAAAGGACACACAAGAGACCUGUUUGCUCAGAUAAAGAAGAUUCGGACGCCAUUUACGGCUCGUAAAGGAACAAUAAAGGGUCGUGACAGGAAAGAACUGCACGAACAAAAUAAAAUGAAGAAAAGAUGGCAGGAAUACAUGGAACAGUUAUAUGUAAACAGAAAUGAACAACAACAACAACUUGAAGAGGAGGAGCAAAUGGAAAUGGAGGCCGAUCUAUUCGAAGAAGAACUAAUAUGGGCAUUAAAACAACUACCAAAAAGAAAAGCUCCGGGAGGUGAUGGAAUACCUACAGAACUGCUAAAAUCGUUACCAGUUGCAGUAAUAACAAAGCUUUCGAAAAAAAUCUGGAGAACCAGCGAAUGGCCAAGAGACUGGAAAAGGUCGGUGUUUAUUCCAAUCCCGAAGAAAGAGCGAUGCCCGAGAAUGUUCCAACUAUCGCACAAUAGCUCUGAUAUCACAUGCGAGCAAGAUUUUGUUAAAAAUCACACAACAGCGACUAGGCAGAGUUAUGGAAACAGAGUUACCUGAUGUAUAAGUCGGUUUUGGAAAGGGAAGGGGCACUCGUGAUCACAUAUAAAACGUUGGUCGGAUCAUGGCAAAAGCUAGAGAGUUUCAAAAAGAUGUAUACACGUGCUUCACUGAGCACAGCAAAGCGUUUGAUUGUGUUGAACAUAACAAAAUGUGGAAAUUCCUAAAAUAAAUGGGUGUGCCAGCACACUUGGUUCAGUUAAUAAAAUCUCUGUACGACAAUUAAGAAGCAACUGUCAGAACAACAUACGGAGACACAGAAUGGUUCAACGUCGGAAAAGAUGUGCAACAGAGCUGCAUUCUACCUCCAUUUCUUUCCAAUUUGUACGCGGAAGUAGUUUUGAGGAAACUGAAUUUGGACGAGUCGGAAAUCGGAGUGAAAAUUGGAAGCAGAAACAUCAACAACUUAAGAUACGCGGACGAUACUACUCUGCUCGCGCAAAAUGAGGAGAACAUAAAACAGCUAAUGUUAAAAGUUAUGAAAGAAAUUGAAAAAGGUGGCUAGCUGCUCAACAUCAAGAAAACGAAAAUUAUGACAACGGCUAGGAACGACAAAGAUAAAGUAAAAAUCAAGAACGAAGAAAUUAAAACAGUCUAAGAUUUCAUUUUCUUCGGAUCCAAGAUCGAUCGCAAUGGAGAAUUUGCUCCCAAAAUUAAAAGAAGAAUCCCACUUGAUCGUAGUGCAAUGACAAAUAUGGAUAAAAUCUGGAAAAGAAAAGACAUCAGCUCGACAACCAAAUGCAGAAUGGUCAGUGCCACCAUAUUUUCUAUAAGAAUAUAUGGAUGCGAAAGCUGGAUACUGGAAAAAGCAGAUGGAAGAAAAAUCGACGCCUUUGAGUUGUGGUGUUGGAGAAGGCUGUUGUGCAUACCUUGGUCUGCAAAGAUCACAAACAAAGAGGUUCUGGGUCGUAUCAAGCCGGAAACAGCGUUUGAAGCCAAAAUAACCAGGCUAAGGCUGGCAUACUUCGGUCUUAUAACGCGGUCAAGGUCGUUAGAAAAAGAAAUAAUACUCGGAAUGGUAAGAGGAACAAGAAGAAGAGGCCGACAAAGAAUGCGUUGGAUUGAUACUAUCAAGCUACAUACUGGAAUGAGCAUGAAAGAGCUGAAAGAAGUUGCACUAAACUGGAAAAAUGAAAAGAGCUAGCCUAUAAAGUGUCCAAGAGUCGGCCACGACU